GUGGCGACGGGUCCGCGGGGAUGGCGGCGGUGGCAGCGAUGACGGCGGCGGGCUUUGGAGGGGCUGGGCCGGCCCGCUCCCUCUCCCGCUUCCGAGGCUGCCUGGCCGGCGCCCUGCUCGGGGACUGCGUGGGCGCCAUCUACGAGGCGUACGACCCCGUCAGCCUGACGUCAGUCCUGCGUCACGUCCAGAGCCUGGAGCCGGACCCGGGCUCGCCGGGGAGCGCGCGGACAGAAACAUUGUACUACACAGAUGACACAGCCAUGGCCAGAGCACUGGUGCAGUCCCUGCUGGCCAAGGAGGCCUUCGACGAGGUGGACAUGGCUCACAGAUUUGCUCAGGAGUACAAGAAAGAACCUGACCGGGGUUACGGUGCUGGAGUAAUCACUGUCUUCAAGAAGCUCCUGAGCCCCAAGUGUCAUGAUGUCUACGAGCCCGCGCGGGCCCAGUUUAACGGGAAAGGCUCCUACGGCAACGGGGGUGCUAUGCGCGUGGCCGGCAUCUCCCUGGCCUAUAGCAGUGUCCAGGAUGUACAGAAGUAUGCCCGGCUCUCGGCCCAGCUGACACACGCCUCCUCCCUGGGGUACAAUGGUGCCAUCCUGCAGGCCCUGGCUGUGCACCUAGCUUUGCAGGGUGAGUCGUCCAGUGGGUACUUCCUCCAGCAACUCCUGGGCCACAUGGAAGAGCUGGAGAGUGAUGCCCAGUCCGCCUCGGAUGCCAGGGAGUUGGGCAUGGAGGAGCGUCCGUACUCCAGCCGACUGAAGAAGAUUGGAGAGCUUCUCGAGCAGGACUCGGUGACCAGAGAGGAGGUGGUGUCUGAGCUAGGGAAUGGCAUUGCUGCCUUUGAAUCCGUGCCCACCGCCAUCUACUGCUUCCUGCGCUGCAUGGAGCCCGACCCUGAGAUCCCCGCCGCCUUCAACAGCCUCCAAAGGACUCUCAUCUAUUCCAUCUCGCUUGGUGGGGACACAGACACCAUUGCCACCAUGGCCGGGGCCAUUGCUGGUGCCUACUAUGGGAUGGAACAAGUGCCGGAGAGCUGGCAGCAAAGCUGUGAGGGCUAUGAGGAGACAGACAUCCUGGCCCAGACCCUGCACCGGGUCUUCCAGAAGAGUCUGUGAGGGCCACAGCUGCUGGGGCUCCGCCAUGUCCAGCGGGACCUCCUGCAGGCAGAUUGGAAACCCUAAGGUUCCUCAAGUGUGGCUCCCUGCCUCAGACUUCCUGCAGUGUGGGCGGACUGCCCCACUGGGGCGGGGGUCUCUUUGGAGAGGUCAUUGGAACGCCGUGUGAGGGACUCCUAGUGCUGCAUUUCUGGCUGGUGGCAGAGCCUGGGACACUCCCAGCUCCUCAGUCAGACGUGAGUGACCAGGGUGGGUUCGAUUUUGGAGGGGUACUCGUGGCAUUUUUCUUUAUCCAGGACUUGGGAUUGGGGGAGGUGGAAAUGAUCUGCAGUAGCAUCUUUUCUCCUUGUUGGGAUUUAUCCAGUUUGCCAGAAAGCCUGUCUUUGACUGGGCAAGGCCCCAAAGAGCAAGAUUAUAUGGAUCAAGAAGACAGACAUUUGAAUCUAGCUGAUCUAGAUACACACCCGGCCCUUGGCUGCCAUGGGCUUGUUAACAGCUUCCAGUGGAAGUCACACAGCAAUAAACAGUUUCUGGUAAAUCCCA